AUGUCUGUGAAAUAUUCCCAAGAUCACUCAAGGCAGGAAAUAGCUGCGAGAAUCAUUCAGAAGGCCUGGAAAGCUUUCCUUAAUGUUUCCGUAUUCCAGCAUUUUAAAAGUCUGAUCGACUUAAGAAGACAAGGGGAGCCCCGUCAGAUAGUGAGGUACAUUAACCCGAAAGAGGCAGAGCUCCUAGAUGCUGCUGCUGGCGUCCAAGUACGAUUCAGAUUGGGCGGGGUUAAAUUCCCACCUGAGAUAUACUAUAAGAUUUUUACUCACAGACAUAUUGAAGAUCUGUGUGCUAACAGCCCCAGAGAUUACACAAAGCUUCCAGCAAGAUACACAUCUCAUAACAAAGAUGAUCCACCUCAGGCGGAGGACAACAGCAACAGUGGCUGGUACCGCCGUGUAGAGAACAAUGGCUGGCGGCCUGUUUCCUAUAGGUUUUGGAUGCCAACUGAAAGCGAAGUGUUGGACAGCACGAAGGAAAGUGAAUUUCACUUCUCUAAACUGAAGAGGAAGCAAGAUCUGGAAAAGAAAAGAAAAAUUAAAAAAAUUGAGUGGAUGAGGCAAAUGUACUACAUGGGAAGCCUGGAGGCCAAGGCAACAGAUCAUGAGACUCUAGGUCUAAUUCAGAAAGCAACAAAAGGCCUAAUCAAGAGUAUUGAAGAUGGUGGAGUGGAUUCUGUGAUGGAAUGGGAAGUAGAUGAAGUGCUGAACUGGACGAAUACACUCAACUUUGAUGAGUAUAUUGCAAGCUGGAGAGAAACUGCUACAAGCAACUCUUCAGCUAAUUUAAAAGAUGUCAAGCUUCAACGAAUACAGAAAAGCCUGCAGAGUAACAUCUAUGAAGCGGAAAGAAAGGAAGCAGAGGAGUCAAUAUAUUAUGAUUCUAAUUACUAUGAAAAUGUUAAUACAAAACAAUCAUUCACUAGAUUAACACCUGAAUCCAGGUUUGGAACCAUAUAA